AUGGCCACCGUUGUAGCCCUAAUGCCGCAUUUCCAGAAGUUGGCGGCCCAAGGCAGAGACUGCUUCUUCAUCGGCAUCUCCUCCGGAUUGAGCAUGGUCUCCGCUGCCUGGAUUCCGAACUACUCGGCAUCCAAGGCGGCAAGCCACAGUUUCUUGAUGGCCCUUCGCGCGCAACUUGUGGAUAGCAGAAUCCAUGUUGUCGAAAUCAAGCCACGUUAA